UUUUUAGACUUACAAAGCUUUCCUGCCUGCUAUGAUAGCCAGCAACCAUGGCCAUCUGGUUAGCAUUGCCAGCACGGCAGGACUGUUUCCAGUCAAUGGAUUGGCGGAUUAUUGUUCAAGUAAGUUUGCAGCAAUUGGUUUUGCGGAGUCUGUUGCACUAGAAUUACUAGCAUCCGGGAAAAACGGUAUAAAGACUACUAUCGUUUGCCCGUACUUCAUAAACACGGGAAUGUUCGAUGGCUGUAAAACUAAGUGGCCACACCUCCUUCCUACUUUGGAUCAGAAUUAUGCUGCCAAAAAAAUUACGGAUGCCAUUUUACGGGAUCAAGUACUACUUGUGAUGCCACGAAGUCUAUACUUUAUGCUUGCAAUUAAGAAUUUGCUUCCUGUGAAACUUGGAAUUCUACUUGGACACUACUUUGGUGUUUUCGACGUUAUGGAUAACUUCAAAGGUCGAGUUAAAAAGGAUUGACUUGAUCUGCAGGAUCAAUAAAGUGAAAGUUGUGGAAGUAA